AUGGCCUCCCAACAAGUAAUUAAUGCAGAGCUGGGCACGGCCUCAGCAGGUGGUAGCCCACAAAGCCAGGUGGAACCACAGGUUGUGACUAAUUCUGUCUACCAGCCCAGUGAUAGAUCACAAAAUUACCAGAAAGAGGAGCUACAAGCUCUUGGGUUUAUUAGUUCAGGAUCCACAUCUGUUGCAGCUGGGAGAAAACCCACAAGAAUUUUCUCCUUUUCAAUCUCCUUUCCUAGUUUCUUUUCUUCUCUUCCACCUUUUAAUGUUGGGAUGCAAAACAGCUUCGGGAUGAACAUUGCCAGUGCUACAAUUGCACUAGUGGGGUUUGUUUUUCUCUCAAUCAAUUUAGCAGUUAACAGCCUGUCAUUCAAGAGCUGUCAGUCUUCACCAUCACCGGACUUGUGCAUUUACACGGGUGCCUCAUCACACAGAUGUUUUAAAAAAUUAUGUUUCAUUGGCCUUGUGUCUCUAAUGCUGAUCCUUACCUUGCUGGAAUUGUGCAUAACCAUCUCUAUCUCAGCCAUGUGGUGCAAAGCAAACUGCUGUCAUUCAAGAGAGGAGCGUAUCUUCAUUAAAGUAAACCUGAGAGCAAAGAAAUUCAACCCCAAAUCUCCAUGA